AUGGACACGAAAAACAAUACAGAGGUAAAGGUGCUCUCUAUAUUAAAUGAGAUUAAAAGUAAUAACACGGAAGAUGUUCCUGAAGUUACAAAAAAUACGUCUGGUGUAGCAAAACAGCUGAAUAAAAAGAAAAAGGGCAACGAAAUAAGAGGUAUCCCUAAAUCUGGUAGAUUUUGGAAAUCAAAAAAAGAAAGGUUCAACUCCAUAGUGAAAACAAAAGGGAUUCGAUUGGGUUUUGAGAAAAAAAAAGUUUUAUGUUCAGAAUUACAAAAAACAAAGGAAUUAUCACGGCAAAUAGUAGCACAAGCUCAAGAAAGAGAGCAAGCACGAAAGGAACGUAGACGUGAAAACUUGAAGCGGGCUGAAGAAAAUAAAAAGAAGUCUGAGAUUGUUCAAGUAAUAACCAACACUAAGAAAUUAAAACGAAUGAAGAAAAAGCAACUACGGUUUAUAGAGAAACGGGAUACCAAUAAAGCUUUAUAA